AUGCGACGAGCCGCCUGCCGUCGUCGCAUCAACAAGUCUCUUUCAGCUAACACGGCGAGCAACACAGGCAUACUGCACACAAUCUUCUUUAACCGAUUCUUCCCUUCUCUCGCUCCCCGAACGCACGAGGUCUUGGAUGUCACCCUCCCCUUCGUCAACGACGAUGAGCUGGAGACGCUCAUCGAGCAGCGCGCCUAUGCGCUCGAGCGCCAGCUCGAUGCCGAACGACUAUCCAAUUCGGGCGGCCAGGCACCGAUCAAGGGAGACAAAAUGAGCGGCGUUGGCGUGGGCGACGGCGGCAGCGGAGGAAGGGGCCAGAUCACCGUCCAGUUCUUUGAGCGGAAACGCAAAAAGGCCUGGCCCUUUGGCCGCGGAGACGAGGAGGUCUGCUGGGAAACAUGGACAAUCAAAGUCACCGUCGCUGAACCGAGAACGGAAAACGAACGAGCCAAAGUCCGCAGAGCCAUGGAGCAAACCCUCUUCGCCACCGCCAUGAAAAUCGUCACCUUUGUCAACACCCACAAAGACCACAUCCCUCCCAUCACCACCCAGGGCGGCAACCCUUUCCCCUACAAGAUCAACCUCGAGUCCAAGGAAACCAGCUGGGCGUCUCGCAUACGCAUCUACUAG